CGGGAGGGCCCGGGCUCCUGCUACUUCGGCGCCAGACGUGGGACACCGGUAUAUUUUGUAUACAUUGGGAAAAAAUCUCCACCGAAAGUAAUAAAGGAAAGGCAGCUCUUCUACUGACUACUUGGAAGGAAAUAAUUUCCCCCUUCCUUGGGAUCGGAAGACCAGCUCAUUCUUAGAGUCUUCUGAAACAAAAUUAGAAUGGAUUGUGGAGAUGAAUAUUCCCAUAAUUCUUUUGACCUACAUUGUCUGUUAAAUUCAUUUCCUGGAGAAUUGGAAUUUAAGCAGAUCUUCAGUGACAUUGAUGAACAGAUAGAACAAAAUGCUGCAAGUAUAGAACAUUGCAUUAAAGAAAUACAGUCUGAAGUUAACAAACAGUGUCCAGAUGUGCAGCUGAGAACAACAACUGACUGUUUUGAACUGCUAGAUAAUUAUAAUCCAACCAAGUCAUCAUCCAUUCCCCAUGGAGAUUUGAUAAAAUUCCUCAAAACACUGCAAGAUUUGUUGAAGAAUGAACUAAAUCAAGAAGAAAUGAUACUGGAUUUACUUUGGGACCUCUCCAGCCACAGCAGCAGUUCAUUCCCAUCAAUGCUAAGUGGAGCAUCUUUCCAUUUCCUCUCUAGGACUUCUCUUCAUUCGGUUGAAGAUUAUUCUUCUAUGGAUGUAAAGUCCAUAUGGGAUAAUAUAAGACUGCAUCUUCGACGCUUCUUAGUGAGCAAAUUACAAAGCCAUAAUGAAAUAAGCAAUUCACAGCACAAGAUUUGGUUGAAAAAUCAGUGCAUACAACAACUCUUGUUUCUUUAUCCAGAAUCAGAAGUUAUAGUCAAAUACCAAAGCAUACAGAAUAAACUGUUGGCUAAACUUCUGCAGAACUGUUUUCCUUCUUACAGCAGAGAAUCAAAUUUAGACAUAAUGGUUCAUGGAUACCAAAGUACAAUGCAUAAGUUAUACUCAAUGAUAGAAGAGGAUUUUAACACACUACGUGAAAUUUUAGCUCCAUCCUCAACAGUGAAAUUCAUUAAAGAAACUUACCUGGAUACUGUUACAGAAGAAACGGCAAAAUUUCUUGAAAAUUUUUGUGAGCUGCAGUUCCAAGAAAGUGCUGUCCAUGUGAUUAAAACAAGCAAGAGCUCCAGCAGGCAUAGAGGAGCAGUGCAUGCUUUGGUUACUCCUGAAUGCCCACAGAAAAGAAGAAACUUUUUCCUCUCCUUAGAUAAACUCAAAUUCUUAUCGCAACUCAUAAAAUCUUUCUUGGAGCUGGAAAAAAAUGUUGAAGAAUUAUUGGAAGAAAUAUUUGUAUCACUGAGGACACCCAGAAAUAUUUCAGGAAUUUCAGAUCCAUCCAAUCAAGAAGUUAUUAUAGAGAAACCUAGAACAAAUGUAACCAGAGUCCUUUCAGAGCAAUUGCCACCAGUAAAAGAGGCAACUUUACUAGAUUUUGCUUGGCGAAGUGUAUUUAAAGAAGUGUCUCUUCCCAUGGCACAUUGUAUAACAACAGCAAUUGAAGAUUUUUCCACAAAAAUUCUCCAACAGGAACAGAAUGAAAGGUCUUUGGCUGUAACCUAUGCUAUGAACCUUGUGAAUGUCCAGCAAGUUUGGCAAGACAGUCAUGUUCCUGAGGAGGAUCAACCAAAGAAAAUUGCAAAGUUUUGUUCUGACAUCAUGGAAAAACUUGACACAAUGCUUCCACUGGCUCUGGCAUGCAGAGAUGAUUCUUUCCAGGAAAUUAGAGCAAACUUUGUGGAGGCCUGUUGUAAAGUGGCAACAGCUGUCCUGGCGAGACUGCAAGAGAGAGUCAAGGAGUUUCCUUCCAAAGCACCCCUGAAAAACUUACACACAUUGCUCUCCACAGCGGUAUAUGUCUUCCAGCAUUUUACGCAGUAUGAUAAUUUGAUGAAAGAAAAUACUAAGAAACCCGUAUUCCUGGUGCCUGUCCAACGAUAUCAGGAAUUCAUCAACACUCUACAGUUUCAGGUUACGGACUACUGCGUCAGAGUUUGUGCUACAAGCAUUUUACAGGAUGCUGAGAGCCACCACUGGGAUGGCUACAAAGCUUUUUAUGAGGGGGAAAGAUGCUCCUUCUCCCUCCAGAUGUGGCAUUAUUUCUUCUGUGCUCUUCAUCACGAUCUCUGGACCAUUCUGCCCCCUAACUUAGCCCAGGAGAUUUUCACAGAAGUGCUGGAGAAAUCUUUGGGUCUGCUGGCCUCCAGAUAUGCUCGAGCCCAUCCCAGUUAUAAGAGAACUCCACAGAUCAGACUUGAUGUCACGACAAUUUUAAUAUGCACUGAGACUAUGUUAUGGUCAGUUUGCACAUCUGUACAGAAGCUUUUGAAUCCUCAUGAGUAUAUAGAUGAUAAAAUUUUUAAAAUUCAUACCCAUUGUAAUAAUCUGUUCACAACAUUAGUCAUUUUGACUUCACCUUUAACUGAAUUAUAUCAGACUUUCCAGCAUGGGUUGGAUGAUACUGCUUCGGAUUCCAUAAAACCGUUUUUCAAGCAACCAUUACAUUGGUUUUCUUGCAUAUCACAUUUCUAUCCUUCUUUACUCAGGGCUCCAUCAUCUGGACGACUAACAGCCGAGGGUCAAUUGAAACUGCUCUUAUCCCAGCCAGGUUGUAAUUGGAACCUGCUUCUGGAAACCCUACUGCAUCACGAUGGUCUUUUACUAAGAAUCUUGCUGAAGAGCUCAAAACAAGCUUCUAAUACAGACAACAAUCUGAACCAAGGAUCCAGCUUAAUAGAAUCCAUCUUUAAAGUAUUGUACCAUUGCAAUUUUUCUCCACAAAUAUUUGGAAAUGUUUUUGUGAGCUACAUGGAAGAAGAACAAUUAUGGGACUUCCUAUAUAACAUUCCAGUCUCAACGUUUUUGGAGUCUGAGCUAGAGGUCAUCCGAUGCUUGAGAUUGGCACUGACCGACGCUGUCAAGGACAUUGUACAGCAGAUAAUAUUUAUGAUGAGCCCUGGGAGAAACUGUGAGACCAACCUCAACAAGCAUAGUGUUCCUGAAUGUUUGCGUGAGAGCAUUCCAAAGGAAUGGAAUUAUAUUCCAAAAGAAACUAAAAGGAAAGAAUCAAGCAAAGGCUUCACAAGGCUUGCUGUUCAGGCAGUAUCUAUUGUAAUCAGCAAGUUACCUACGGUGAUUGCAUGUUUGCCUCCCCCAAUUAAAUACUUCUUUUCUCUGUCUGAGAGAAAAAUGUCAAAAAACUUUGUUGAAUUGAAGAAAGCUAGCCUCCUUGUCUGGAACUUGAUUUUAAUUAUAUGUCGGAUAUUUGAGGAUGGAAACACUGUGGAACUUUUAACAGGUGCCUCCCUUGACAGAUGGAGUAAAGAGAAACUUGGUUUAAUCUGUGUGUGUUUGGAAAGCAUCAUGGGAAAGCAGACAAGUGGGCCUAAUCAAAUGGCCCAGAGGGUCAUACAGAGCAUUGAGCAGGAAAAACCCAACUGGAUUGAGAGCCAAUUGUUGAAAGCAAGGAAGUUGAGCACCAAAUGUGCGUUUAUGACAAUAGAGCAAAGCACAGCCUUAGAAGAAGGAGAUGGUGCUCUUGAACUGACUGAGCAGAAAAUAAACAUGAUGGUCCUGGAUAUCUGCCACAAACCAGGUGGCAGCGAGUACCUGCGGCAAAUUUAUCACAUCAUGCGGCUCAAUGAGGAAUAUUUAAAAGAACAGCUGUUUUCUAUGAAUGGUUCGAAGGAAAAGCCAUUACCCAUCAGACCUUUAAAGAUGACCUUGAGGAGUGUGGAAGAUCAGCCUUCUGCCUUUAACCCUUUCCAGGUGUACAAGGCAUUUAGUGAAAACAUGCUAGUUCAGUCAGCCAUCACAAAAUGGAACUGGAAUUGGUCAAAGUUGCUGCCAAAUUAUCUGGUACUGGAUAAGAUGACCUUCAGUGUACUGCUCAAAAACAGAUGGGAAAUGAGAAAGGAUGAAAGACUAGAAGAGGAAGAAAAAGCAAUGCUGGAACAUUUAAAACAAUUUUGCACCAUCCAGAACUCUUCUGCUUCAGAUAACACAGAGGAACCAUAAUUUGCAGAAAACAGCAACAGCUUUAUUUUAGGAAAUAAUCACAUGUAAUAGAGUAGGAUUUUUACUAGUCGGAAUGAACCUCAGAUGUGCUGUGAAGCAUGAAACCAAUAACUGAGUAAUCUCUGAAAUGAAAAGGAAUACACCGCAUAAGGAAUAAAGUGCUACAUAUUUUUUACUUUAAAAAUAAUUUCAAAUGUUUUUCUUUCCUCAGUUGUUCUCUUUAUAUGAUAUAACUGCUGCCAUCUCGUGUUCCCUUUGAAUUAUUUUUUUUUUCUUCUUAGUCUUGAAGUAUCUAUGACAACAGACAAAAUGUUUGGAAACCUUUCCCUAAGGAUUUUUAAAUACAGCAUUUGGAUGUUAAGUUGAUUGGAGUAACAUAGCCCCUUGAGGGUCAUCUUGAAAAUUUCAAUUUAAUUUUAAGCUGUAGCCCAAGUUCAGGUGUUAGUCACUUUUAAAACCCACAAAUGUACCAACCUCCUUUCCCAAAGCCUCUUCCUCAUGCAGUUUAUCUUAAUCAUAAUCACAAAAACAUUUUCCUGAAGAGUAACUUUAGUUCUAUCUCUCCCUAUAGUGGUUUUUCAAACAUCACAUUCAAACCUUCAGUCAUAUGCUUUCACAUCCUACACCCAAUGUCUCCUUAUUCAGGCAACUGCUUGUCAUCCUCUUGGUUCAAGCCAAAUGCUUACCAUUUUUCCCAGUCAGAAAGCAUCUUUCUUCCAAAAUAACAUUCAAAACUCAUUCCAACAAUCCUGUAGUUUCUGUUACUUCUCUUAUUUCUAUUACAUUCACACACACAACACACACGCACAGGAAAUGGAAUGUGUUCUAGUGCCCUCUAUGUCAAGUAUUAUUUACUAUAUCCUUACUAUUAGUGCAUGGUAUUAGAUUAUAAAGACCUCAAAGGGCUUAUAAUAUGAAGUCUCCCUUUUUAAAGGAUUCCACACUCUCCCCAAACACCUGCUACAGCGUUAUUCAUGUAGUGGGCAAUUAAUAAACACAAUUGUUUGAAUGACUGCCAUUAAAAGAAGACAACAAAGACAAUUCAACUGUUUAGCAACCUUAUGUGAUAUCUGGGAGAAGCCUUAUCUAUUUUAGACCAUAUGAUAUUGAACAUCAUGUUUCUGAUAUACUCAGAUUGUCCAUGUUCCCACAUUCUGUGAUUUUUAUAAAAUAUGUGUAGGCUACAUAAUUUCCAAAGGAAAGUACUUAUGCAUUUUUCAAAAAGUAAAAGCUUAGAGUGCAGAGGAGGCCACCUUAGAAAAUCUCUUGCAUUAUUUCCUACAUAAAAACAUAUAAAUGGCCAUGUAGCUAGCUGCCUACUGAGUAACACAUUUUAUUUCUAAAAAAUGUAUUUUUGUUGGUCAGUAUAAUCAUGAACCAAGCGUUUUGAGACAUGGUUGAAAUAAUUUCUAAAAAUUCUAUACAGACUGGGGUGCCUGAGUGGCACAGUGGGUUAAAGUGUCUGAUUCUCGGUUUCAGCUCAGGUCUUGAUCUCAGGGUUGUGAGAUUGAGCCCUGCCUCUGGCUCCACACUCAGUGCAGAGUCUGCUUGAGAUUUUCUUCCUCUCCUUGCCCUCUGCCCCUCACCCCACUCAUACUUGCUCUCUCCCUAAAAUAAAUUAUAUAAAAAUUCUAUACAGACCAUUUUAAAAUGGUAAGUUUUUAUGAGAAAUGAACUUACCUAUUAACAGUUACUAUGAUAAUCAAUUUAAGACAACAUGACUUUCUUACUUCAGGUUUGUGAUGGUCUGCAUAAAACUGUAUACUAUAUUUUAUUAGAAUGGACACUAAAAUAGAAAGUCAAAAUAAGAAUAAACUGAGGCAAUAAACUAAAUGAUCUUAUAAAGUAAGAGAUUUCAUAUUUGGGUUCUUUGUCUUCCAAUAGAUCUAAAGAUCAUCUUUUUAACACUUUUAAUUGAAUCUAAACAUUUUUAUAGUAAUCCUGAAAAGUGGCUGACUUAUUUCCUCUAGAAAAAAUAUCUCUAUGGCUCCAUUUGAAAGGAAAUUAGAAUACUAAGGGGAGAAUGAGAUAGCUGGAAGAAAAGUGAAAAACAGAAAAGCUUGUGGAUGAAUUUUCUUCUUUUUUUUUGAGAGAGAUAGACAGUGAGUGAGUGGUAGGGUGGUGCAGAGGAAUCUCAAGCAGGCUCUAUGCCCAGCACACAGCUUGAUAUGGGGCUCACACAUAACCCUGAGAUCAUGACUUGAGCUAAAAUCAAGAAUCAGUCACUUAACCAACUGAGCCACCUAGGUGCUCCCAGAUGAAUUCUCUUCUAUAUUUCCUUAGUGAAAUUAUUGCAGCUGUAAGUGGAAUAAAAUUUAUAACUUGAUAUAUUAAAAUAAUAAGACAGUGAUUUAUCUGAUCAUUUUGACUUUAUACUUAACAUGUUUCUUAAAGUAUAAUAAGAAUGGUAUUUCAAAAUGAUUAUUCUUCCUCAUGUUUAUUUUGCAUUUGUGUAAAUUAACAAUGGGAAUAAAGCCUAAUACUUUAUAAGUCCCAAUAUGCUUAUU